AGACUGACGAAGAAGAAGAAAAAAAGGUGGAGCAUAAUUUUUGAAAUUCGCGUCGAGGGAAAGCUGCCGUUGAAGGGCUUCAUGAUAGCAUUGGCGACCAUUAAGAUUUAUUUAGCUUUUUGCUUCGUGACGGUUAAUUUGGUUGGUUGGUUGUAAUCAUUAGUCGCCUCUGUUGGCUUAUUUUCCGUGAAAGAAACGACGCUAGAGGAAAGACGGAGAGAUUACCUCCAAUCUGCGUCAUGACCAGCAAGGAUCCAAAGAUGAUACCGGUGCGGGUCGCCUUGCGUUGUCGUCCUUUAGUGCCAAAGGAAAUCAGUGAGGGAUGUCAGUGCUGCCUCACAUUUGUGCCAGGAGAACCACAGGUGGUGGUCGGCACAGAGAAGGCGUUCACCUACGAUUACGUAUUUGAUCCCACUGUAGAGCAGGAAGAGGUCUUCACUACUGCUGUGUCUCCGUUAUUAUGUGGCCUAUUAAAAGGCUACCAUGCCACAGUGCUGGCCUACGGACAGACCGGGUCCGGGAAGACCUACUCCAUGGGGGGAGCGUUCACAUCGGGUCAAGAGAAUGAGCAGUCCGUUGGCGUCAUUCCACGCGUCAUCGAGAGGUUGUUUGACGAAAAGGAAAAGACGGACUGUGAAUUCAGCAUGCGAGUGUCAUACCUGGAGAUCUACAAUGAGGAUCUUUUGGAUUUGUUGUGCACAGCGAAGGAGAAACCUGCCAUUAACAUUAGGGAAGACCCCAAAGAAGGUAUCAAGAUCGCGGGGUUGACCGAGAAGCAGGUGGACUCCGUUCAGGAGAUGGUGGCCUGCCUGGAGCUCGGCAACUCCGCUCGCAGCGUGGGCUCCACGGCGAUGAACGCCGCCUCGUCGCGCUCGCACGCCAUCUUCACCAUCACGCUGGAGCAGAGCAAAGGGAAAGACAAAAUCGACUCUGUUUCCAAACUGUGUCUUGUGGACCUGGCCGGUUCGGAAAGGCAGAAGAAAACCAAAGCGGAGGGGGAUCGUUUCAAGGAAGGCAUAAGCAUCAAUCGAGGCCUUUUGUCUUUGGGCAACGUGAUCAGCGCCCUCGGGGAUGAAAGCAAGAAAAGCGCCUUUGUGCCUUACAGAGACUCCAAACUCACGCGCCUUUUACAAGAUUCCCUCGGCGGCAACAGUCACACGCUGAUGAUCGCGUGCGUCAGUCCCGCAGACUCAAACAUGGAGGAGACCAUCAACACGCUGCGAUACGCCGACCGAGCUCGGAAGAUUAAAAACAAGCCCGUUGUGAACGUUCACCCCAUGGCGGGAGAGUUGAGCAGUUUGAAGCGACAGGUUCAGGAACUGCAGGUGAUGCUGCUCCAUGCCCGUGGAGGAGUCGCGCCGGUUGUGUCGGGGCCGGUGUCUGACAAGGAGCUGAAAAAGCUGCUCGACGAGAACAAGAAAUUGAGCAAGGAGCUGAGUGAGACCGCGGGACAAACCGCCCUCAUGUUUGAGAAAAUCAUUACGGCUGAACAAACAAUUGAGAAACUGCAGUGUCUCGCAGCUUGCACAGGCAAUCUUGAGAAGGAUUUCGAGACACUUGAGGCUCAUGAGUUGAGGGAAAUCGUUGAGGUGGUGAAGAACAUCCAAGGCGUCUUCCUGGAGCUCAAGCGGGAGAACGCGGGCAUCGCCUUGGCCGCAGGAGAGGACGAGCCGGCCGAACUGGGCGACGCCACUAUGAGCUCGGCGGAUGAUUCCGCAUCGGACACCAACGCAGUUGCCGGCAAGAACCCACUAGAUGACUUUACGGCGCAUCACGCGCUGCAGCAGGCCCAGCUGUCCAAAGAGCUGAUUGACCUGAACAAAGUGUUGAGUUGGAAGGAGGCCUUGGUCAAGAAGAUGUGCCAGAACGACAGUCAGCUGGACUCGGUGCAGUCGGAGCAACAGAAGAAUAUGCAGGACCUGCAGACGGCAGUCAACUCUCUGCAAAAGGAGAAAGGGGAGCUAUUAUUGGCGCUCACAUCCGCAAAGAAGGAGACCAACCAGGCCAAGGUGAGUGAGCAGCGCAGGAAGCGUCUGCAGGAGCUGGAGAAGGAGCUGCUCGUCUUGAAGAAGAGGCUUCUGGAACAGUCCAAAAUGCUCAAAGUCAAAGAGUCUUCGGUUCAGAAAGUAAACAAGCUGAUGCAGGAAAUACAGGCAAUGAAGUCCCAGCGUAUUCAGCUGAUGAGGCAGAUAAGGGACGACUCUGAGAAAUUUCGAAUCUGGAAGAGCAAGAAGGACAGAGAGGUGCUUCAACUGAAAGAGAAGGAUCGCAAGCGUCAGUACGAGAUCCUUAAACUGGAGAGGGAUUUCCAGAACCAAGCUAACGUCUUGCGUCGGAAAACAGAGGAGGCCGCGGCGGCGAACAAGCGCCUGAAAGUUGCUCUGCAGAAGAGAAAUGAAGUUGUGGAGAAACGCAAAGAGAGUCAAAACCGAGGGACAGAAGGAGCCGCUGCCAAAAUCAAGAAUUGUCUUCUCAGCGAGGUGGAGCUCAGCGUUAGCGCCGAGGAGGCCCGCCGUCACCUGGACGACCUUCUGGAGGAAAGGAAGGCCUUGGCUCAGGAGAUAAUUCACAUCCAGCAGCAGAUGGACGCCGGGGAGCGUCCCGCCCCCAAGAUCCGGCGUCGGACGCUGCUCGUGUCUGAGUUGGAGAUGCAGGGGGCGCUGGAGACGCCUCUGAGCAAGCAGGUGGACAACCUGAAGACGGAAAUGGAGCUCAGGAAUGCCCAGAUUGCCGACCUCCAGCAGAAGGUCCUCGCCGCGGAGAACGAGGGACGCCUGAAGCAGCGAAUGGACGCCAUCACCGGCAUUGUCGAUCUCAAGUGUGCGGUCAGAUUCCUGGUGGCCGAGCUGGUGUCAUCAAAAACUGCUGCAGCCAAGUUUGAGAGUGAAUUUCAACAAGAGAAAGAAAGAAGACAAGACUUGUACAAAAUGUUAGCUGAUGAGCGAAUCGUCAUGUCCACCAUGGACAUGGAGCACCAGCAGCAGCUUGUGGAAUUAGAGGAGAGGCAUCAAGAGAAAGUCCAUUACCUCCUGGAACAGCUCCAGAGCAAACCUGUUUGUGGCCGCUCGGACGAAGAGGAGAAGGAGGAACUCCUGCCGCGUCUGAAAGUUCAGGAGGAGGAGGAGGAGGAGGAGGAGGAGCUCCAGAAGCUGCGUGUUCUGUGCGAGCAGAAUCAAAACCGGGCAGAGCAGCCCAAAUGGGACGACGACGUAGAUGACGACGAGUGGUGUCCCGAGAAAGUGGAAAAGGGACGACGGGCCUCCAGGAAAUCGCCGGCGACGGGGUGUUCCUGCAAAGGCUGCUGUAUCAACAAUUAUUGCCGGUGCCGUAAAGGGAAGAUGACCUGUAGUGAGAAGUGCCAGUGUGACCGUGAGAAAUGUCGAAAUACGGAGAACCCGCUCGUCGCUGAGGAUGACGGCCGGAGCGAAAACGUCAGCCCGGACGACUUCUCGUAUUUCUCGCCGCCGUUUUGCGCCCCGACAAAGGACGUGAUGGAACUGAAGUUAGUCCGUAAGCCCGUUUCACACGAAGUGGAGCAAGAGAAGAAAUUGCUCAAGAAGAAGAAACGCUACCUGAGCAGUGUGCAGAACAGUUUUUUCUCUGGCUGCACGCCGGUCAUUGAGGACCCGUGACUCAACAAACUUUCCUUUCUACUUGACUGCAUAAGUUCCACUGCAGGUCUCCCUCCGUCUUUGAGCGACUCUGUUUUUUGGGCUCACUUUCAUUUGAAUAGUUGGUUAUUUAUUGCAAAGUCUGUUCGUUGAUAACUCUGUCAUUUCUUUUCAACUCGUGCACCUUUUAAAAUCUCCGCUUUCAUUGGUUGAAAAAUGAAAUGUCUGUUUGCAAAAUGUUUAUUAACCGUGAAAAGUUAGCGCAUUUGUAUUUGUGUUCGUUAGUGCUGCAAAUCACACCCUUGGACCAUCAAAAAUGUUUCAUUAAGCCAGUGCGUCUCAAUUAUUUUCUGUUCCGCCCCCGAGGAAGGAGAAAUCCACCGGGUGACUUCCAAUAUUAUCAUUUGUCUAUGAAGUUAUGGACAGCUCUCCAAAACAUGGUAUCCUUAACAACAACAAAAAAAAUUGAAAUAUUGUUCAACUUCCAGCAAUGAAUAACUUUAUUAGCAUUGGGUUUGUUUUUUUUUUUUUAGUCUGUAACAAAAGGUUUUAUGUGCAUCAAUUUGCCUGUAAUAAACCAUUGAAAUGAACCAUU